AUGGUCUACGCCGAGCUGAUGGAUCUCGAGAACCCGUCGUUUGACAUCUGGUUGGAGGGUAGUGGAUACGUACUGAAGACGACCAACAAACCACGCUCUACAUUUUUCCACCGGACCAACAUGGCAGCAAGUGUCGUCGAUCGAGGCCAAGAUCCUUACUACAUCGAUCCAUCCAUCGUCGGCAAAGAGUCAGCUUUAGAGAUCUUACAACUUCGUUACCGACGUGGCCAAUUCAAUAUCCAACACGACGCGCUAAUAAGCAGGGUUCUCAACCAAGAUGCGUGGAAGCAAGAUAUCGUACCAAAACGCUGGCUCUCCACAAUCAGCAUCUACAUGCCCGAGGACAUUUACCAGGUUAAAGAGCGUAGAAUUCUACUCCGUCAGCGCUUCGACCUACUACAGCAACUCACCAAUACCCGAGCACGUAUCCAAGUGAUCUUCCCUAGCAAAGAGAUGUACUGGCAUUCCCAAAUUGGUCCUACGCGUAGAGGAUAUGAGUGUCUACUUCCCACCGACCCAACUAUACGCCAAGCCAUGUUAGCUACUACCGAACGACUAUCAGUCUCGAAUGUUGGGACCGAGAUCGAUGCCGCUGUUCAUAACGAGAACGUUCAUAUCAUCAUGGAGACUAUAUUCCCGAGCCUGAUGGCAUUGAAGGCUCGAGGCCACCAGAUUCACUUGGACGAUAAAAUUAGCGGGUGGACAUGGACGGCGGGGGAGGGAAGCGCCACGUUCACCGAUACGUGGACUAAUCGCCGGCAGUUCCGUAAGGAUGGCAGUCUACAUGUCAUUGCGGAGAGACUGAGAGCUGAGAAGGAACGAUUUGACUCUACGCUGCAAGAGCUGAAAUCAUGGAAAGAAAAGCAGCUUUCGACUCUCGAGGACAUCGAGAAACGACUUGAUCCAAAAUCUCAAAGCGGUCCACCGUCUCUCGCCGACCCGACCAGCAAGGACACAGCUACAUUGAAGCUCGGUUUGGCAGAGCGUCGUAUCAAUGCAGAGCUUCGGAAGCGUUCCGAGGUUGAACCGAAGGAACUGUACAUCCACCAGACGCUCGCGGAUGUCCUCAGAGAAUACGCCAAGCUCGUACACCCCAGUCUCCUCGACAGAAUGUUCGGAUCGCUGCCAACAGGGGAGCUACCACGGGAGGUUAGGGACAUGGUAUACGACCAUCUACUCCCGAGGGAGAACACUUACACUAUCAAGUUAGCAACAGACAACACUGGCUUCUCCAUCCACACAGGAGCAUCGGACGGUAUUAUACCUACUCCACCAGUCGGCUGUCCAUACCCCAUGAUAUCAACCACCCACCCACUAGCUGAUGAGAUCCUCGAAAGAUUCCAUUGGAGAACGACGUUCAUCAUUCAGAAGUACAUGUGCGCACAGCCGUUGUCUAUCCACCAUAUCAUCGCAAAGCUUCCGUGGUGGUCGAACAUCGAUGCAAGUGUACUCCCCAAAAACAUCGCCGGCCGCAUCACCUUCGUCAUGCGUUUUGACAAUAGUUGGAGGAUUGAGUCAGAUAUGGAGGAGACUAUUGGAGAUUUAAGAAAGAUCUUGAGCUCAGCCAGUCUCGGCGUAACUGUCUCUCUAUCGAUUUUUCCUGCUGAUAGUAAGCGCGGCGCUGAGUUCCUUGAUCUAGCAAAACCACUCUUGCUUGAGUUGCAGGAGAAGGGCCACGAGAUUCGCAUGAUCGACUUGGCUUGUUGGACAAAGAUGCACAAGUGCAAAGAGCCGCCAACAUGA